GCAUAAACACUACAACCUCUUGAUAAUCAGUACUCAUGGAUAAAUUGAGAUCAAGAAGGCCUACUUUCAAAGGCCAGCCUUCAGCGACGCGUGAGGAUUUCAAGCCUGAGGUCCAAUGGUUCGAAGACCCAUCAGAACGUAAACUUAUCAUGCAAUUAACAGGUUUCAAAAGGGAGGAGAUCAGGGUAACACUUGAUACUGCUGGGAAGCUUUUAGUCAAGGCCAGCAGCCAAGUGACCGAUAACAAGUACCUUGACGUGGAUCAGACGUUCGACAUACCCAAAGACACCAUCAUUGAAAAGAUCAGUGGAAAGUUCGAGGAUGGACGUCUCACCUUGACCUUGCCGAAAAGGGCGGUGGAAAAACAUGAAUCAACUCCGGAGGCUACCACUGAAGAGAAGAAGAAAGAAUCAAUACAAGAAGAGAAGAAAGAGGAAGAAGUCCCUCAGAAAGAGACACCGACCACCAAGCAGGAAAGAGAUGAACCUGUUAGGGAGAGAGAAUCAAUCGAAGACGAGAAGAAAGAGGAAGAAGCUACUCAAAAACAGGCGAAGGCUGACAAAGAAGAAAAGGAUGAAGCUGUUGAGGAGAAGCCAGACAGUCUAGAAGAGAGAAAGGAUGAACAGAUGCCAGAGGAGAAGCCUACUAAAGCUUUCGAAGAGAAGCUAAGCGAACUGACUCAAAAGGAGACCCCGAAACCUGAAGAUGAUAAGAAAGAAGAGGGUCAUGUGCUUAAGGAAAAGCUAGAGAAUGGAGAAGAGAAGAAAGAUGAGCCUGCUGGAAAGGAGAAGUCAGAAAGUUUCAAAGAGAAGAAGGAGGAGGACUCCAUUCAAAAGGAAACGGUGAUGCCUAGUUCAAUGGAGAAGGAGAGAGCGCAAAAGACCAUGCAAAAGAUGAAGUCGAAGAUAAUGGAGAUUUGCGCAGAUAAACCGAAAGAAAUUAUAAAGAGGAUAUCUAUUUGGACAGGGGGUGAAGAUGGUAGGCUGGACUCUGGAUCAGUAGAUGGGAUAUUGGAGAAACUGAACAGGAACAGGAAGGUGAUCGUUGUGGCAAUCGCGGCAUUUUCUGUUGGGUUUUAUGUUUCUCAGAAAUUGAGGACAAGUGGAAGAUGAGAUAAGCGUGUGACUCUACCAUAGACAUAUUUAUGCUGUAUUUACACAUUGUAAAGUGAUAUACCAUAAUGAAUGAUACAUUUCUAUGUUCAAAGAAAAAUGCUUUGGAUAUAAUCACAAGUCCGACUACGUGGUUAAAAAUAAAAUAACACAUCCUCAGCUUGCAUUAAACGGCUAAAAAGGUAGCAUAUGAAUGGAUGGAAGUCACUUACUGACACGCAUCUAGUCUUAGAAAUAUUAAAAAUUUCAAGUACAAACUAUCAUUAUGGAUAGAACUUUCUAUAUGUAAAACAUAAUUAACCGUAAUACUUUUAAGUUUUAACCGUCUAUUUGUACAGUGAUGCAUCAGUUUGAUAAACUAUGGUUCGUCCGUUUAAUAUAAAAUAACAUUGACAAUUUACAUACACCAAAGCA